UACUGAUUGUAACUUAACAUAAAACAAAGUGUGCGUGUAUUUUUUGUAAAAAUUGUUAAAAUUAAACACAAAACACCCACCGGUGGCCAUGGGAGCCUGCGUAUGUCGCAUGAACAAUGAGGAGACGAUCAGCGUUUCCAGCGAGCGUCCGGGCAGCGCAGGUAUUGCCCUUGGUGGCGGCGGUGGAGCGCUGCGUAAGAAUCGUCCACUGUGCCAUGAGACCAUCAAAUGGCGUUCAGAUGUGCCAUUGACCGAGGGACAAUUGCGCUCUAAGCGUGACGAGUUUUGGGACACUGCACCAGCCUUCGAUGGCAGGAAGGAGAUCUGGGAUGCACUGCGUGCCGCAACAAAUGCAGCCGAAGGGCUAGACUUUCAAAUGGCCCAGGCCAUAUUGGAUGGGGCUAAUGUGUCUGUCCCCAAUGGCUACCUCACAGAAUGCUACGAUGAGCUGGGCACGCAGUACAAGGUGCCGAUUUAUUGUCUGUCAUAUCCCAUAAACAUUGUGAAGGAGGAGAAUGGACGUGAUUCGCCAGCCGAAUACUCAGAGCCGGUUGAUGGCGGCACCGAAAUCUUUCUCAAGUUGCGCAUAUCUUCAACCAUGACUGAUGUUAAACUGCCGGUAUACUCAAAGGAUACUGUGGGACAGUGCAAAAAGAAACUCCAGGCCGCGGAGGGCGUUGAUUCAUGCUGCCAGCGUUGGUUCUACAGUGGCAAGUUGCUGGGCGACAAAGUACCCAUUGAUGAAUGCAGCAUACACCAAGGCUAUGUGGUGCAGGUUAUUGUGAACGCGGAACAUUAUAAUCACGACAACAGCACGAGUAUUGUGAACGUUUCGCUUUCAAGCUAGCAAUGUACCAACUCUAGACUAGUCAGCCUAGGUAAUAACAGCAACUGCAACAACAACAUUAAGAACUACAACAGCAGCUGCAGCUACAAGCCAUGUCAUCAACAGCAACAACUGCAACAACAACAGCUUACGAGCAAUCAAAACUAUAGUGUUAGAUACUCAGGCUACAGAUACAGCAAUAACACAAAUCACAUUAAUGUAAAGCACAAAGAGCCACAAGAACAACAUCAACAACAAGAGCAACAGCCAACGUAUUGCAUUUAUCAAAAGCAACGUUUUGAGAUUGUUGCUGUCAUUUGCACAAUGCUGAUUAACUUGUUUUGUUACUACUAUUGUUGCUCGAUGCCCAAAUUGUUGU